AUGUGCCUCAGGCUCACCGUACAUCACACCUCCCGCCGGCACGAUACGCGAUUCCUUAGCAUCAUCAACCCCGUCACCGGCUACACGGUCCAUAGCCCGUGGCAGGAACCGUACCAGACUCUCCAGGUAUGCGACUACCCGUGCGUGGUCGAGAAGAUACCCGUCGAAGAGCACUGCUUAUGGCACGGGCACUGCUGCCGACUCCAUACGACGUACCUUUGCCAGCAAGAUGUCGGAAUCUGUGCGGUCUGGGUUAAGUACCAUCACUUCGUCUUCGACGAAGACGAAUACCACGACGACGAACACCACGACGAACACCACGACGAACACGACAGGAAGAUACCCAACGACCUGCCUUUCCUCGGUGCGUACCUUCGAUAUGGUGCCUGCCUGCAGCUCGUCCCCUGGCUGUUCAAGGCUGGCGUCGAGCUUUGCCUCGCCGACACGUACAGGGCGCAGAUAUCGCGGGAGCUCGCCGGGGCCAUCCUAGACCGCGGCGCGGACGCCGCCGAGAAGCGGAUGCUCCUCGAGUCGCGGCUCCGGCACUUCGAGAUCGUGAUGGCCUACGCGCGCGAUUGCCUGGGCCAAUUCGCGCGGCUCUGGGACGCGGAGACGGCGCGGCGUGCGCUGCCGCCGCGGCCCGGAGCUGCGGCCGACCCCGAGCAGAGCGCGGUGGUCUCGGAGUUGAUGAGGCUCGAUGUCGAGUCGUGGGCGCAACGGGACGUCGGUGUGGUUCCAUGGCCAGACUACAUCAAGAUCUGGCCGGAAUUCCGGAAGCGCCCGUUCCCGGUAGCUACUGAUGGCGAUCCGUCCUUGGCGUGCUGGACGUGCGUGCUGGUUUACCAGAAGCUGGGCCCGAUGCCGACGCAGAGGGAGAUCCCGACGUUGAGCUUCGAUCCCAACCUGCCGCUGCUGUCGAGUACGUCUUCGCUAGACUCGACCGUCUCGGGUCUGUCUUCCCCCGAUGCGACGGCCUUGUCGUUGCUGUCCCCUUCCCCGUUCAGGCCAGCAGCUCCAAAGCCACGUUGGAUUGAACGUAUCACGCCCUCGUCUACCCACUCGGCCUCGGCUUCUCCAUCGUCUUCCGCUACCUCCACCAUCCACGUCUUCUCAGCCCUCCCCCAGUCCAAAGACCAAGAAGGGUACGGAGACGAAAGCGACUACGACGGAGACGAGGAAAACGACACCGACCCUAGCAGCAGUACCGGGAGCAGAAGUGACAGAAGCAGCAGAAGAGGCACCAGCAGCGACAACGUUGCGAAUAGCAAUAGUGACGAGGAGACACGGGGAGAGGAAGAAAACCAGGGACUGCCACAGGAACUGCCAGAAGUUGAAUACGCGAUCGAGUCUCUUGUCGGCCACCGGCCCUCCGGCGCGGGGCGUAGCCGUGCCGUCGCUUACCUUGUGCGCUGGGCGGGCGAGUGGUCCCACGGGGAGAGACAGAUGUGGGUGCACCGGAGAGAUAUCGCGCCUCAAUUCAUCGAUGACUACUGGAGGAAGCGCCAACAGAUGCGUAGACGGGGCGUCGGGGGUGGAAGAGAGAGCGUAGGGGCGGAUGGUGAGGCUAUGGAAAUUAAAAAGGGUGGUUCGAUUCAGAUGAAUGUGAGCAACUAUACCCGAGUGCCCUCCACUCAGACGUGGUCCCAUCGGCAGAAGGUAUUCCAGGAUGAUACCCGAUUUGAUGGGCACUUCAUAGAUCCCGCCAGUGCUACGCCCAUCAUUGUCGAUCCCGGCAACUAA